GUGGCAAAACAGAUGCACACACACCAGAAGAAAGAAGAAAAAAUCAUCCAAACCAAAAUCAGUGUUUGGUUGAACAUCACUCAGAUCUGUAUUUUUCCCUGUGUGAUCAAGGUGUAAGUUCCCAGUAGCAGGAGCAGCAAAACACCCCUUUUUAAAUACAUUUUCAAAAUCAUUAAAUAACUUCAUCUUCUUCCUCUAUGUCAGUCUCCCAUUUUUCUCCUGCCCCCCUCUUUAAAUAGAUUACAGCCUUUCCUCUCUCUUACAAAUUCGCCAGCCUUCAAUUAAAUACUUAUCUCUCCCCUCCCCUUCCACCUCCCUGCUGACUCCAGUCUAUCAUUCUCCCCUGCAGCUUAUUGCAUGUGCGCCUCAGCGUGUCUUUUUUUUUUUUUACAGGUGUGUUUGUCCGGCUUUAAAGGGGAGGGGGUCACCUCCUCCGUGCUGUGCGAGCUGUAGUUAAGACCAUCAGAGUCUUGCCCACCUGAUCCACAAGGGCAGCUAAGUUGCCAUGGAGACAUCGGGUGUAGCCACGCGUCUGUUGAGAGCACCUGUCGGGUUGUGUGUCGCGGUCGUCCUGCUCAUUACCGGGUCGACUGGGUUAGUCUGUUACACCGCAGUGGAAUCACUGGAUUUAGGCUGCCUCCUGCGGUGGGAUUGUCCCUAUGCCAGUCCUAAUACCACCUACACCGUGCAGACGAAGACGCAGGGGGACCCCUGGCAGGACGUGCCGUGGUGUGUUUGGGUCUCGUCCCGCAGCUGUGACGUCUCUCGGGCCUUCUCAGACUUUGAGCUGUACAACAUGAUUCGUCUCGGCGUCCACCUCAGCCCCAGCUCCACUGUCUGGAUGAAACCACGCAAGUUCGACUACAGUGACCUCACUUUCAGCCCUCCGUCCGUCUCAGUCUCUCUGAAGGAUGAGCAGCUGUUGGUGAGGGUGCAGUUCCCCUGUGCUGCCAACAGGGGGUGCUCUCCGGAGAGGUGCUGUGCCAUCUCUGAACUGAUUGACCCCUGGACAACAGUGACUGUGUACAACAAGCUCAAUCACUCAGAAUACCAGAGCCGUACGGUUUGGACCCAGGAGGUGGUCUCCUUUGUGGAGUUCUCUGGUUUGUCUCCGGGUCAGAACUACUGCGCUGUGGCCAACUUCUCCUUCCCCACCUUCUCCAUGGCCGCUUCGCCGAAGUCUGCCCCUCAAUGUGUCGAGAUGGUCUCAAAAUCAGGGCUGCUGCCUGUGCUGAGUGCGGGAGCCGUGCUGAUUUCUCUGCUCCUCGUCCCACUUCUCACUGUGGUUCUGAAAAAACCAAGACAAGCUGCACCAACCACUGAGAGUCAACCCAAGACUCCGGCGCCUCUUCAUGAUCCAGUCUCUUUGGUCCCUCUGUCCCUGCUCCCAGUCGACCCAUGUGACAUCCACUUGGAGCUCCCUGAUGAUCUCAUCUCCAUCGAGUCCUCCUCCAGUCACCUCUCCAACCAGGACCGGACUUCAACCUUGGAGAGCACCUACACCUGCGAUCCUCUCCAUCACGACUCCAGCUCCGGUGGAGUGUACUCGGACAGCGGAGGGAUGGAGCUGGAGAUGGAGCUGGAGCUGGAGAUGGAGCGAGGCCUGGACUCUGGCAUCAGCAUCCCACAUGUGUCUCACUCCUCUGAGGAGACAUGUGCGUCAAAUGAAGACUGAUACUAAAAAAGCUGAGCGUCAUCUCUCCGUGAGUGUCGCUCUGCAAAGUUGCCCCAUCGGAGCUGCGCUGCCUCUUGUCCGUGACUGACACCACAUUCUGCCUCCUGCACGAAAACCAGGAACAUCUUGACAUCUCGCUUUUCUGCCUUCUGUUUUGCUGGUGUUGCAUUCUUUCCGCAACAUUGGGGAGCCUUGGAGGUUUGGCCGUCCAGCAUUGUUUGUCUCCCCUUCUACCUUUUCCAGAGUCCACAGAGACCUGGGGGGUUGUCCAAGGCUCCACGCACAAGCCAGUGGCAUGGCUUUUAUUAAUAAACACACUGCUUACGUCGUGGAGAGAUGAUUAAUGUAUGAAGCAAAAAGUUGGCUCGUGUGAAUGAGCACCUGACUACACAACAGUGGAGCUGCUGUUCUCUCCAGCAUCCAGAAGCGGGACACGGUUGACUUUUUUUAUUUUUCUUUUUCUGCGUUUUGCAGCAACUUUUCUGAAAAUCUCCAGAGGUGUGUGUGUGUGUGUGUGUGUGUGUGUGUGUGUGUGUGUGUGUGUGUUGGCAUGCACUGUCCUGUAGAGCGACUGCAGUGUGUUAUAGCAUACCUUGGCUUUUUUAUUGUCUUAUUAUAAUUACUAUCAUGUUUUUGUUUUUGUUUUUUUUUACCAGAUCAUGAGUUUUGUGCGAACAGCUAAUUCUUUUUAUAUUAAUCAUGUGCAGGAGGACGUUUACAUAACCGAAACUUUCAUUAUCUCAGUGUACCAAGGUCAGCAAAUCAUAGUUCUCUUAUGUUGAUAUCAGAUUAAUGAAGUAAGGCUAAUACAGAGCUCAUGAGUGAAUUGUGCUUCGGUCUUUUUCCUUGUGGAGUUUAUUAAUGUUACUGAACAAGUCGUUGUGUGCAUUUGAAAACUGAAUGUAAACCUUAGAGAAUUUAACAUUUUUGUUUGAAGCAAUUCAUUCAUUAUAUAUCAUGAAACUAGAAGUGAGAACAGGUUUGAAAUGAGGUGAAGUGUUUGAGGUUUUUAUGUUUCUGAGCCUUUACAAGCCUCUUAGCAUUUUGAUGCCUUGUAGGAUGAAUCUGAACUUAUCCUUUCGUUAAUAUCCUGCAUCAUGACCCAUCAGUCCUGCUUCCCAAACACUGCUCUUCAAUGUAUUUCUCAUUCAUUCCCAUAUCAGUCUAGUUUCCCUCCCACAGUAACUGCAGUGGUGUAAUUUUCUACCAAAACAUUUGAAUGAAUCUGUUAAUUUGCCAGGUGAUUGGAUUCUUUUGUGCUGCAUUUAAGACAUGAAAUCGACCAGUAGUCAAAGCUGAUGUAUGUUUACAGUGUUGGCAUCAAUGAAAAGUUUUUCUUACUCUAAUCAGCAGCUGUAUAUGACACCAGAGAAACUUGACAGAAAUGUGUAUCUUGCUCUUACAUCACUUGCGCAGACUUGUCUUUAUCGUCUCUCUGUGUCUGGCAGGAAAUGCUUAGUCACUCGCUCGGUGACUCAACAACCCUCUGGGGCUUCAGCUUUGUUUCUACCCCCAGCGUCGACAGUGUGACCA